AUGGCGCUGCGCAUUUGGAGCCUUUCCGGAGAAGAGCUCGCAUCUGUGAGCCUGGAGGACUUCAGUACUGUUCGGGCGCUGAAGGGCCAUCUGCGCACCAAGCACGGCUUCCCCGUCUGUCUUCAGCAGAUCUUGCAUGAUGGUCAGGUCUUGCCGGAUGCGACGGAGCUGCGCGAGAGCCACAGCGAACUGCAGCUGAUGCUGCGUAGUCUUUCGGAUGUACGGCAAGCAGAGGGCUUUGGACCAUCAGAGAUAGCACGGGAACUUUUGGCCCAUGCCAAGGAAGGCAACGCCAGGGUUCUCCAGCUUCUCUUGCAGGCUCGGGUUGACAUAGAGUUGAUGGACCAGCGAGGUGAUACAGCCCUUACUGGUGCUGCCGGUUGUGGUCACGUUGGGAUUGUGCACAUGCUGCUAGCAGCUCGUGCCGACAUAGAGGCGGCUGCCCUUCAAAAGAGGUGUGACACGCCGUUGAUUAUUGCAUCUGAGAAGGGACACGUUGAGGUUGUGCGGCUCCUGCUGGAGUCCAAAGCUAACAAGGAGGCCGUUGGACGAUACCCGGCUCUUGACAGUGCUCUACUGCGUGCAGCCUUAAAGGGACACACCGAGAUCGUGCGCUUGCUGCUGGAAGUUGGUGCGAACAAGGACUUCCGUGCUAAGGGUGGUGACACAGCUCUGAUUCGGGCAUGCGUUGACAGUGACAACGCGGAGAUUGUUCGUUUGCUCUUGGAAGCUCAGGCUGAUGUGGAAGUGGUAGGCAGCUUCCACGGAGCGUUGGGCUGUGCCUCUGUCAAUGGCCAUGUUGAAGUGCUGCGCUUGCUUUUGGAAGCCCGUGCCAAGACCGAUGUGACUGACAAAGACAAGGACACACCUCUAAUGGGUGCAUCUGAAAAAGGCCACACUGAUAUAGUUCGCCUUCUUUUGGAAGCCGGUGCAGAGAAGGAUUGUGUCGGCAAGUACUCGACACGUGACUCCGCUCUUGGCCGUGCAUCUGCCGCAGGCCACACCGAGAUCGCUCGCUUGCUUUUGGAAGCUGGUGCUGAGAAGGAUUUCGCCGGCGGGCGUGGUGACACACCGUUAAUCCGUGCAUGCGACAAGGGCCACGCCAAGAUUGUAUCCUUGCUGCUCGAAGCUCGGGCCAACAAGGAGUUGUCAGGCAGGUUUAACAAAACCGCGCUCAUGUGCGCAACUGAAGCAGGAGAUCGUGAAAUUUUGCAGCUGCUUUCGGGAUGA